AUGAACGUAAGCUUAGGUUCCACAACAUGAGCUGCUUUUACAGUGUUUGUUUCUGAUGUAAGAUAAAGUGAUCUGAAAUGUGAUCGGAAAAUAGUCUUUUUUCCAUUUUUGUUUUAUUGAUAGAAGGAUUAAGGAGACCACUGUGUAUCUGUACCGUGUGGAUCUGAAGCUGAUACAGUCAUGUCCCUGAACUGCCUCCCUGGUAUGGAAACAUCAGCCGUCUCUGUCCUUAAGAGAGCUGUGGAGCUCGAUCAGAGUUCACGCUUUCAGGAAUCUCUUGUGUGCUACCAGGAGGGCAUUCAGUUACUACUAGAUGUGCUGAAAGCGGUUAAAGAUGACUCAAAAAAAGUCCACUACAGAGAGAAGAUCAAAGGUUACAUGGAUCGAGCUGAGCAGAUCAAAGAUCACCUGAACAAAGUGAAAGAAGAGGGCAAAUACCAUGAGCAAAUUAAAAUUACAGAAGAUGCCACUGGUUUCAGCUAUGAGACUCUUUUCAAGCCAUACAUCAAGGAAGGGCUUACUGAAGUCUGGGUUGAGGAUCCAUACAUACGACAUGUGCACCAGCUGUAUAACUUCGUGCGUUUCUGUGAGAUGCUACUGAAGGCGAAAUGUAAUGUUAAGAAGAUUCAUCUCCUGACCUCGCAAGAUGAAGAUAGCUCCUCUCAGCAAGUCAGUGCACUAGCAGAAAUAAAGCAGUCUUUGCAGACUCAGAAUGUCUGUCUGGACAUCAAGUACUCCUCCACUAUUCAUGAUAGGGAGAUCAGAUUCGAUAAUGGUUGGAUCAUUAAGAUCGGCAGAGGGCUUGAUUACUUCAAGAAACCUAAGGGCCGCUUCUCCAUUGGCUACUGUGACUAUGACUUGAGAGAGUGUCAUGAGACUACAGUAGAUGUUUUUCACACAAAGCACACAAAAAAGACAUGACCAAAAACAGUGCCCUCAUUCUGCACUGCAUCAUGUUUAAGCGUUUAAACAGUCAUUCGUCCAUACAUGCCUUUUUUCUGAGGGUGUUCUGAAACUUUUCCUAACUCUGGGAUCUACUGUUUACACACUAACAUAAGAAUAGAAGUUUAUAUUUUGCACUUUAAAAAGUGCCUAAUAUAUUGAUGUGCUUUGUUACCGCUCAAUAUCAGCCGAUUUGUUUUUUGUUUAUUUUUUAAUCAUGUAAACUGUUUUAGAAUCAGUAAUUAUUUGAAAUAUUUCUAAUUUUUCUGCUUUCUCAAAAUGUGCAGGGCAAGGGUUUCGAUAUAUGUAUUUAUUUACCUCUUAAUGUCUUUAUUGCUUGUAUAAAUGGGGAAAUUUGCACUGGGUGGGUUUUUUAUAAGGAAUAAUGUAAUUUAAUUACAUAAUAAAACACAAAUAACAUGUUCUUGAGUCAUUGUAUGAAAAAAAUUCCAUUGUCCACAACAAUUAAUGCUGUGUAUAAAAGAUAAAAAUGUUUAAUGAAAAUGAAAAUGUUCAAAGUUUAAUAUAUGAAUUCAAAUGUAUCAUUAACACAGUGUGAUUUAUUUUUUUUUUACUGCAGGGAUGAAAAAAGUCCACUGCUCUGCAAAAGUCUGAGCCCACCCUUCUAU